GCUCAUUGCCUUUUUUCUGUACUGCAACAAGAGAAGGCUACUGUGAUAAGGGUGAUGACAGUAAUUUUAAGUGUUGUAUAAACUAUAGAGCGAUAAACGAUACAUGUGUUCGAUGUCCUAAUGGUUGGAUCGAUCCAAAUUGUUCAACAAAGUGCCCUAAAGGCUGGUACGGAGAGUUGUGCAGGGAAAAAUGUCCUACAUAUUGUGAGGAAUUGUGUAAUCAUGUAAAUGGAUGCAGAUUUGACGACCCAAAAUUUAAUACCAGCAGUGUCCCUUCAUUUCUUCUCUCGACAAAACUUUGGAUUAUUGCGGGAUCUGUCGGUGGAACUAUCGUCAUCAUCUGUAUUUUCAUUGGAGCUUGUAAAACACGUCUGAAAAUGAAAGAGAAGAGCUCUUGGAGACCAACGGUGACAACAUAUAAUGAUGAAAAUAAUUUAAAUAGCUACACACAAUCUUCAUCAACAUGUUGUGAACCACACAAGUCAAAAUCUAGUUUACGCCUUCCGUGUAAAGACUGUGCAAUGAAUCCAAAAGGAAGAGUUUUAGUGAGUGAACUUCCAAGCACCUGUUCAACCAUAUCAGAGGAAGAAUCACCUGCUUAUAUGUAUUCCUGUAUUAAAAAGGAAGAAGAAAUGGAUAGUAUUAAUGAAUCCAGUCAUCGUCCAUUAUUAAGACAGUUUUCUUCCUUUAAAAGCAAACCAAAAGAAAAAAAAUCAACAGAUAUUCCGUUCGACAUCGAUGAAAAAUACACGAUGGUGAAAGCUGGAUCUGCAACUGACACUUCUGCAUUGAUGAGCCCGGGACGUUUUACAUUGACUGAAAAUGAAAGUCAGGGAUAUUUUGUUCUUGAACCCAGAAGUUCACAAGAUGUCGACAUGUGUCGCGAAUCAAUUAAUCUUGACAAUUUACCACCUCCUCGUUUUAGCGUUUUAGGAACUGGGAUGCUGUAGUGUAACCCAUUAUUCUCUAAAAAAUUAAU